AUGGGUUCGUUACUUCCGUUUGACGGAGAACGACCUAAAUUUGCUCAGUUAUAUAUUUGCGAUACUGAAAAUGAGGUUGGUAACAGAAUGAAAGCAUUCGAUAAUGUUGACGAGCUUCGAAACAUUGAUAGAGAUUUGAUUCAACGUCUCAUAGAAAUGUUUGAUGAUAAAAAUGAAUUAGUAAAAGUGUUUCGAAUGGCAAGAGAUCGAUUUAGAGAAACUGAUUAUAUGCCUAUUCGCUUGAGACUGAUUGGAAAUCGUGGUGAAAAUAUGGCGCAGUAUAAUCCUCCAGCAGCUUCUGAAAUUGCCGGCUUAAUAGUGGAUGAUUUGGGCUCUGCUGACCGACAACGAGAUAUUGUCGUGGAGUAUAAGACAAAGAAUUUAAAACGGAUUAGUGAUUUACAUCCUUCUUUUAUGGCCAUGCAAUAUCCCAUUUUAUUUCCAUAUGGUGAAGAUGGUUUCAGAAUAGGCAUAAAAUAUAAUGAGUCAUCACAAAGAAAAAUAGGUUGCAGGAAACAUGUUACAAUGCGUGAGUUUUAUGCCUAUAGGAUGCACAAUAGAUUAGAGGAAGGAAGGACUCUAAUCAGUGGAGGCAAACUUUUUCAGCAAUAUAUUGUUGAUGCUUUUUCGUGUGUUGAAGAAGAACGACUUGAUUAUAUUAGAAAAAAUCAAUCAGAUUUGCGAUCGGAAAUCUAUAGAGGUAUAAAAGAUGCUGUUGUUGCAGGUGAUGUCGACGGCGAUGCUAUUGAUCGUCCUGACAUCGUCUGCAGAGUUUUCAAGAUAAAAGUUGAUGCAUUGAUGGCGGAAAUUAAACAAGGUGUAUUUUUUGGAAAUACCAUUGCUGAUUUAUAUACGAUCGAAUUUCAAAAAAGAGGCCUUCCACAUGUUCAUAUUUUGGUGUGGCUUCACGCAGAUAAUAAGCUACCAACACCUACGGAUAUUGAUUCGAUUAUUUCUGCAGAAAUUCCUGAUAAAAAUAUUGACCCGAUUGGAUAUGCAACCGUUACAAAGUUUAUGAUUCAUGGCCCAUGUGGACAAGCAAAUUCUAAAGCGCCAUGCAUGAAAAAAGGUCAAUGUUCCAAGCAUUUUCCAAAAGAAUUUCGAGUAGAGACAUCUUUUGAUGAAAAUGGGUUUGCUAUUUAUAGAAGAAGAAAUGAUGAAAGAUAUGCUACAAAAAAUGGAAUUGAUCUUGACAACAGAUAUGUUGUGCCUCACCAUUUACAGUUAAUUGUCAGGUAUCAAGCACAUAUAAAUGUUGAGUGGUGUAACAAAUCGAUGCUUAUUAAAUAUUUGUUUAAGUAUAUAAACAAAGGCCCAGAUAGAAUGCGGGCAGUGAUCGAAGAUAGUUGUUUAACAACCGAAGUAAAUUCCAAGAAACAAUAUGACGGUCUUGAUGAAAUAAAAAGGUUUUUAGAUUGCAGAUAUUUAUCGGCAUAUGAAGCUAUCUGGAGAUUAUUUGAAUUUGAUAUACAUCAUAGAGAACCUACAGUAGAACGAUUAACAAUUCACAUGCAGUUUAUGAAUAAUGUCGUGUAUCAUGAAGGAGUAAAUUUACUUAAUGUUGUGAAUCGAUGCAAUAUCGAAAAAACUAUGUUUACAGAAUGGAUGGCAAUGAAUAGAAUCUAUGAUGAUGCCCGUGAAUUAACCUAUGUAGAAUUUCCUAAAAAAUGGGUAUGGCAUCCUUCUGACAAAUUUUGGUCGAGACGAAAAAGAGGAAAUCGUAUAGGAAGGAUUGUGUACAUUCAUCCGAAUUCUGGUGAACUUAAUUUUAUGAGAAUGCUCUUAAAUAAAGUUAGGGGGCCUAGAAAUUUUGAUGAAAUCAGAACCGUCAAUGGUAUUCUCUAUGAAACAUUUCGUGCUGCUUGUGAUGCACUUGGUUUGCUCGGUGAUGAUUUAGAAUGGCAUCAGGCAUUAAAUGAAGCAUCUUAUUGGUCGUCCGCUUUAGACUUGAGGCAGCUAUUUGUUUCGAUAAUAAUGUUUUGUGAGGUAUCGGAUCCAACAAAAUUGUUUAACGAUUUUUGGAAAUUAAUGGCUGAUAAUAUUACAUAUAGAUUAAAAGAAGUUUUAAGAAUUUCCAGCCUUAAAAUACCACAGGAGGAAUUGCAAAAUUAUGUAUUAUAUGAAUUGGAAGUAUUAUUCAACAAAAAUGGCAGCUCUCUCUCUCAGUUCAAGCUUCCUAUUCCGAACCGAUUGCUUAUAGAAGACAUAGGCAAUAGACUUUUGAGAGAAGAGAUGGAUUACGACACAGAUGCAUUGAGAAAUGAACACGAAACCCUAUACAAUGGUUUAAAUACUGAGCAGUUAGCGGUGUAUCGUUCUGUUUUGGCAUCCGUUUAUGAAAAUAAAGGAGGUGUGUUUUUUGUUUACGGCCAUGGGGGAACAGGAAAAACAUAUCUCUGGCAAACAAUAAUAGCAAAGCUUCGUUCUGAAGCUGAAAUAGUUUUGGCUGUGGCUUCAUCAGGAAUUGCAUCGCUUUUACUUCCCGGAGGUCGGACAGCACAUUCCAGAUUUAAAAUACCAAUUAAGCUUGCAUGCCUGCAGGUCGACUCUAGAGGAUCCCCGGGUACCGAGCUCGAAUUCGCCCUAUAG